AUGGCAGGUACGAAGAAGACGUCUGACAGCGUUGUUGCGCGGGCGGAUGAGCAACGCAACGCUCCAAGCGAAAAGGAAGCCCCAGCGAGCAAGACGAGCAAGACGAGCAAGAAGCGAGCAGCUUCUCCUGACGGAGAAGCAUCUCCUCUGCCCGCGAAGAAGGCUAAAUUGACGCAGCCGACUGCAAAGCCCACCAAGAAGAGAAGUGCUCCGGCUGAUGAGGAAAGUCAUGUUUCUGGGCCUGUGAAGAAAGCCAAGCGAGCUUCGAAAUGCGUCCAGGUCAAGCAGGAGGAGCUUUCCCCUGCUGCUUAUCCCUCCGGUAUUCCCCAAGUCAAACUCGAACCUCUCUCUGAAGAGGCAGAACCGGAGCAGACAUCAUCGUCGUCCUUCGCCGGGGAAACUCCUGCUCUCGUCGACCAAACACAGUCGGAAGCCGACAACCUCGAAGACCUUUUUGUCGAUCCACUCGACCAAGCGAAGCCCACACCAGCCGAAGGAACAGAUCCAAACUCUGCCCCUGUCCCUACACAGGAGGAGCAGGAGAAGGAGAAGGAGAAGGAAGAAGAAGAAGAAGAAGAAGAAGAAGAAGAAGACGACGGCUACGACCCCGCAGAGGUAGCCCUCCUGCAAACCCUCAUCGCAGACGAACAAACCGCCGUCGCCGCCGCACCGCCCUCACCCGAUAAGCUCAUCUCCUUCGACGAACUCCUCUGGCGCGCAGCGCGCGCAGGCGAGAUCCGUGGCCGCGCACCUCCCGCUUCCCGUUAUCCCGCUACAGCCAGCGAAUUCCACAUCGAUGGGAGCCUGUCGGUGCUGCCGAGACCCGCGAACUGGAAUCAUAUCUACUGUCCGCGAUGCUAUACCUGGGGCAGUAAUUGUUUUUAUAAUGUGCAGGGUUGUGUCUAUCAGCGGUAUGUGAUGCCGGUGAAUUUGGGAGGGUGGUGUGGUGGGGAGUGUGGGUACUGUGCUGUGAUUUUCGAUGCUGCGCAGAGGUGA